CCGGUGAUGUUAGCUCUAGGGCAGAUGGAUGGCACAAGGCAGAGCGCUUUCCUCCUCAGCAGCCCUCCCUUGGCAGCUCUACAUAACAUGGCAGAGAUGAAAACUCCUCUGUACCCAGCCUAUGCUCUGCCCAGCCAGCCCUGUUCCUCUUCUGCCUCCUCGUCAUCCUCGUCCUCUUCUUCAUCCUCCUCACCUUCUCCGCCACUGGGAUCGCCAACUCACGGGUCCCUGAAGCUUUCGUCCUCUUCACCUUCCUCUGGUGGCCUGUCCUCUCUGGGCACCCCACCACCCCACGUCUCAAUAGCUACCCCCCAUGGAAUCCAGGACAUCCUGAGCCGGCCAUUGAUGCACUGUCUGCCCUCUCUGGCAGGGACAACUCUGACCUCCAGCACUUCUGUGUCCCCAGCUGCUAUGGCCUCUACCUCCUCUCCUGCUGGCCUCCUGGCAGGGCUCCCCCGAUUUAGCAGCCUAAGCCCUCCUCCACCACCCCAUCCUGGACUCUACUUCAGCCCCAGUGCAGCAGUCGCUGUGGCCCGUUACCCCAAACCUCUGACAGAACUACCAGGCAGGACCCCAAUCUUCUGGCCAGGAGUGAUGCAGAGUCCACCAUGGAGAGAUGCCAGGCUAUGUGCACCCCAUCAGGGCUCAGUGCUGCUGGAUAAGGAUGGAAAGAGAAAACACACGAGGCCCACGUUUUCCGGGCAGCAGAUUUUCGCCCUGGAAAAGACUUUCGAGCAGACGAAAUAUUUAGCUGGACCAGAGAGAGCCAGGCUGGCAUAUUCCCUGGGCAUGACCGAGAGCCAGGUCAAGGUAUGGUUCCAGAACAGGAGGACCAAGUGGCGCAAGAAGCACGCAGCAGAGAUGGCCACUGCCAAGAAGAAACAGGACACUGAGACCGAGAGGCUGAAAGGAGCUUCAGAAAACGAGGACGAAGAUGACGACUAUAACAAGCCCCUAGAUCCCAACUCAGACGACGAGAAGAUCACCCAGCUCCUGAAAAAACACAAGUCAAACAGCUCAUUGCUCCAUCAACAGUCUGACAAUGACAGCUCAUCUUAG